AGUACGGUAUUGUCGGAUACCCACCUUGUACUUGAAUCGAUCCGUCAAAUCAGAUCCUCCAUCAUCGAUUUUAAUGGUAGAUUGUGCAAUCUGUUCUUCUUCUUCCUCUUCUCCUUCUCCUGCAGUUUCCUCGGCUUUGGCAUCGUCUGCAUCAGCCAUUGACAAUCUGCUGCCUGGUACUAAUAUUGGCCGUGGGCGUCCCGGGGAUUGUUCGACGGAAAGAUUCCCAUGCUGCUUUUCGUUGUUGGUCGCAGCAACAGCAACAAAUCCACUCGCCUGCUGGAUACAGACAAAGAGAAGCAACAGACACUUGGAUGGAGAUAACAUGCUAACAGACAAGCAACGUUGGUGACUUGUGCUAUUGUCAACUCUGGUUGCGACGAUAGAGCAAAACAAUGAGCAAGCAUUGGAGGUGUGGAGGGAGCGGAAGGAGUGGUACGUGUUGGCAGCAUUUUCUUUCUAUGACGUCACUAAUGACUCAAUGAAUCCACAGUAUUUUCGCCACCGGUACCAAUCGUGUUGGCACUGGCGAAGAGAAGACACACAAAACCAAAGCGAACAGGGAUGUCACAACUUUGCGAAGCCAAAAGCAUUUUGAUAAAGAUGCCGACCAAAGACAUUCCAAUUGCAAGGCAUUGACCUCUCGGGUUGGCUGAACCGUAACAUACAAUCAGAACCCGCCGUUCCCCUCGCACAUCCGUGCCAUAUCUUUUGGCUGCUAGGUUCCCAUUGUUCAUUGUUAACACUGCAGUUUCAGGGCAGCUCCAUUCAUUCCAAAAGAUGUCGCUUGCCAAGGCUCUGUUCACAUCGACACUGGCUCGACGGGGACUCCCCAUCCAACGAGUGGCCGUGGCAUCCAAUAUCCGUUGGUAUUCCAGCGACAAGCGCUUGACAGAAGACACCAUGUCCCAGAAUAUCCGCAACAUGGAGUAUGCCGUCCGUGGACAAGUCGUCAUUGCCGCCGAUGCGUUGCAGCACGAACUGGAAGAGAAUCCCCAGUCUCACACGUACACCAAAGUCCUCUACACCAAUGUGGGCAAUCCUCAUCAAGUGGGACAAGAAUCCUUGCAAUGGCCUCGUCAAGUCAUGGCACUCUGUAACUUGCCACCUUCCAAGGGCAUUGAUCAUCCCGAACUCGCAAAGGUGUUUCCUCAAGAUGUCAUUGAUCGAGCACGAGAAAUCAGUCACGUCGGAUUGGGAGAUCAAGGCACCGGUGCCUAUUCCCAUUCUCAAGGACACUUGGCAUUUCGACAAGAUAUUGCCAAGUUUAUCGAACAACGAGAUGGAGGUGUGACAUCCAAUCCAGAACACAUUUUCAUGUGCAAUGGAGCAUCCAGUGGUAUUGAAAUGAUACUCGAUGUACUCCUCAAUGGACCCGAUGCUGGAAUCAUGAUCCCCAUUCCACAGUAUCCCAUUUACAGCGCCGCCAUUGCCUGUCAUGGAGCACAUCAAGUCGGAUACUACUUGGAAGAAGAAAAGGGAUGGUCCAUGGACAUGGAUCACCUGGAACAACAGCUGGCGGAUGCCAAGGCCAAGGGCAUUAACGUUGUGGGAUUUGUACUCAUCAACCCAGGAAACCCCACCGGACAAGUCUUGACCCGACAGGCCCUUUGUGAUGUCGUUACAUUUUGUGCCAAACACAAGUUGGUAUUGUUGAGUGACGAAGUAUACCAAGACAAUGUCUACGAUGAAAAUGCCGAGUUUGUCAGUGCCAAACGAGCGGCAUGGGAGACGGGACUCCUCGAACAAGAUGCCAUUGAACUCAUCUCCUUCCAUUCCACUUCCAAGGGACUCUACGGAGAAUGUGGACACCGCGGUGGAUACAUGGAAGUUGUCGGUAUGGAUGCCAGUGUCGAAGGACAUCUCUACAAGCUCGCAUCGUCGGGCUUGUGUCCCAAUCUCGAUGGACAGAUUCUCAUGGAUCUCAUGGUCCGGGGACCCGAUCCUUGGACCGAGUCACAUCGAGAACACGAGGCACAAAAGAGAAAGAUCUACGACGAGCUCAAGGCCAAAGCCAAGCUCAUGACGGAAGGACUCAACUCCAUUGACGGAUUCUCCUGCCAACCCGCACAAGGAUCCAUGUACUGUUUCCCCGCCAUUGAAAUGCCACCCGGGGCCAUUGCGGCGGCCAAGCAACAGGGCAUGGCCGUCGAUACGUACUAUGCCCUCUCCUUGUUGGAAUCCACUGGAAUUUGUGUAGUUCCCGCGGCCGGAUUUGGACAAAAACCCGGUCGACACGGAUUCCGUACUACCUUUUUGCCAUCCAUUGAUGACAUGAAACAAGCCAUAAAAGACAUGCGCAAGCAUCACGAGGAGUUUUGUGCCCGUCACUCGGAGGAGUCCAGCAAGGUGGCUUAAGCCACGACAACAUUGCCGUUCAAGCUGGGCUGAAGAACGAAGCUGAAAGGCGUGUCUCCUUGUUGUUUCAGAUGUCUUGUAUCCAAUUUGUUGUUGUCGGCGAGAACUGCUGUGCUGUCUUUCGCUCGGGUAUUGCAUCCUGGAACGGAGAGAGUACAUUUUCAAAGAGAGAUUCUUCCUGUUGUAUUUCAUUGAUACACUAUCAAAUCAUUCAUUUGCAGGACAGUUGCAGGCGAGUAGCUACUAUUGCCAUAACUAACUACAUACUAAAGAAAUCGCUUG